AAUUCAUAUGGAAGAUUACCCCUUGGCUUCGUAAAUUCUGACAAUCGUUCCACAAUCCACACGUGCUCAUUAGUGAAUCCAUCGGGAUCACAGUUUCUGAGCAAUAUGUUCACGGCCUUCUCGGCUCUGAACGAGUCCGAUGGGGAGUCGCCCUUGGGCGAAAUCGAGCCUUUGGACACGAGUAAUUUGGACCCAGUGGGGGGCGGAGAUUGGCGGGAGCUCCAAGAAGAGGCCCUCAGACUCUAUCAGGAAGCCUUGCGGCUCUAUGCCCGAAAAGAAUACAAGUCUUGCAUACAAAGGCUCGAGGAAGUACACAAAUCCGCCUUUUUGAAAGAGAACCCAACCAAAAUCCCACACGAGUAUCAAGCCAUUCUAGAAAAGCUGCGUUUUAACUCAUCCAAAUAUCUUGGCUUCUCAUAUCGUCGCUUCAAGAAAAACGACAAAGCUUUGGACCAACUUCUCAUUGCCUUCAAACUCGACGAUUCAGAUGUGGUUCUAUCCUAUGAAACUGGCGUUUGCGCCCUAUCCAAUGGUAAAUGGCAUCUAGCCCGAGCCGCGUGGGAGAAUGCCUUGCGAAAAUCGGCCUCGGCCCUUCAUUGGCCUAGUUUGGAGGGCCUCAUUGGCUUGACUUUUCGGACCGGCGAUCACUUUGCUUGUGAGGCCUACAUUGAUCGGGCAUUGGCCAAAGACCCGAAAUACGACAAAGGUCUCAAGAUCAAGGCCAAACUCUGGGGCAUUCCAGAGCCUUUGCCUCACAUGAAGGAUGUUUUGAUUAAAGAUCCCGUGUUAAUCACGCGAUCUUUGGUCAUCAGACCCACCUUUGAGGCCUUGCUGGAAUCUCUCUUGAGCGAAUACUCGAGAUUGAAGGACCAAGGCUCGCUCCAUUUACCCUAUGUUCUUACCUGUGCCAAGCGAGCGGAAGUGAAGGUCAGUCUGCAAAAUGAGAGCGACGGUUUCUUGGACUUCACCCUUCAAUCUCACGGCUUCUCAGGACUUGUAGUGGAAGCCUUUGUCGAUGAGAUCAUUGAAGGGGUGUUCCAAGAGUCCAAGGUCGCCAUGGUGGAGGAGAUCUUGCUUGGGGUCGUUGAGAAGGCCGCUUCUGAAGCCAACGUGAGUGCUCGGUCCUUCAAGCGCAGUAAAUCGUUCUUGGAAGCUGUACCUAUGGAACUAAUGGAGAUCCGACGAAGUUCCAGAGCCAAAAUGCCCAAUGUGGUGAUUUCGGCACCCGUGAUUCCAACCGUGGCGGAGUUACCUCCACCCGUGGAUGAAUUUAAUGCAUUGGCACAUCUACAGAGUCUCAUCCCUAAAACGCUACAAAACAGCCAAGCAUCGCCGGAAAAGAAGAAGGAUAAAUCUCAUAAAACCUCGGAAGAAGAAAGUCAAGAAGGCCAAGAGCAGUUGACGGACACUUUGCAGAAGAUCAGGGUCAAAAAGUUCGUAGAGGACAAGGGUCAGAGGAGCCCGAUAAAUAACCAUUUGAUUCAGUCUUUGGUGUUUGUGAGUGCUAGUGAAGUGUUUCCCUGGCCGGAUCAGUUGAUAACGGUCUUUGUGAACGUGUAUUGGGCGUGGCGGAGCCAUUUCGUACUGCCCAACGAGUUCAGGGUGUGCCAUGAUCGAGAUCAACCUCCGGAUUAUGCGGAUUGUAUGAUCCUGGCCAACGAGCUGACCGUGGAAACGGCCACUUCUGAGACGAUCAGAGGGUUCAGUGAUCGUUACGAGGAUGAUAUCCUUCAUUUGAAAAUGAUCAGAUGCCUUCUGAGUCCGCAGAAGAAUGCUAGAUUGGAUUAUCUCGAGUUCAAAUACCACCACAAAGCCAAAGAUAUUCAACAAGCCACAAAUUGCGGGAAACUCUUAUUGAAGUGCACCAAUUUCGAUCUCUUCCCCACCGUCAAUUACGUAGCCCCGGACUAUUUCAUGUCCAAACUCAAAGUCCAAGACUUGCUCAAGUCCAUGGAAUGCGCUCAAUUAGGCGAUCGUGUAGACGAGUAUUUUACAGCGCAGAACUUUGCCAAAGUGGAGGAGAUCCUUUCCCCCACCCUAGAUCUCAUGGCUUUGCCUUCCACGGGGUUGUUCUUCUGGAUCCAGAAGUACUAUCUCUUAAUUGAGAGCUUAUGGGAAUUGGAGAAGUUCCAUCUGUGUGUUGAACGAUGCACUCAAGUAUUGAGGAUCCUUCAAACGCGAGAUCUGUUGCUUCAAGCUCCCGACGAUGUGGGUCAACUGGUCAAGUUCAUACAUUGCUCGUGGCAAGAGCUCGAUGAUCAAGGUCGAAAAGACUUGGCGAAGCCCGUGAAAUCCGAUUUAUGCCAAGUGCUAAUGGCUCUUUUAGCCAAUCAAAUCGAGAACGAAGAGUCCGGGAAAGACGUCUUGCUUUGGGUGUUGCUCUAUGAAGUGAUCUUAUCAGAGGACUCGGAAGCCAAGCUCUCCAAUGACUUUCUUGUAUCGGCUCAUGACUACAUGGGUCAGUUGUCCAUUUGCACUCAAAGAAAUGGGGAAUUGCUCCAGGCUUUGGUUCGCAGUUUGGUGCCCAUCUUGUCCGAACCAGGAACUCAGUUGGAUUCAGCUCAGCGAGAAGCGUGGAAGAAAUGUGUGGAUCAAGCUCUGUUCUGUUUGUACAGUCAUCCGAGCAAGAAAACCAAGGCCAAGCACUUGUCCGAUCAUGGGGUCCCUCAAUUGGCACUCACUUGGAACAAAUGUGAGGAGAUCUUCCGCUAUUUGAAGCCUAAAAUCAUCCCGACACUCGUGGACCCCAAGUCCAUGUCCAUUUCCGUGGAUACCGAGAUGAUGUUCAAUCGGAUCCAUGCUUUGGUCCCAGAGAUGUUCCAUUUGGAGGAGCGGAAACGAAGUGUUCAAGGGUAUAUCAAGAAUAAUUGCAUGGAGAGGCCCAGUUUCGAAAGCAAUGGCAAGUUCCCCAAAGCUCUGAGGGAUCUUUUCUUCUUGUUGGCCGAUUACCAUUUUAAGAAUGGGGAUCAUUUCGAAAAGGCCAUCGAGUUGUUGUACCUUGACAUCUCGUUCAAUCCACGGCGAUCUGAUGCGUGGAUUCUCUUGGCUCUGUCUUUAAUCAAACUUCUGGAGGAGAAACUCAAUCUGAGUGACAAAAGUCUGAUCCAAGAGGUGCUCAAUGACGCCAAUGUGGCGCAGAUCUGUUGCCAGAAAGUGUUCAUUCUGGACAAGCACUGCCAUUCCGUGUUUCUAACCGAAACAGCUAAUUUCACCUAUGAGAUCGUGUCCUAUUGCUCAUACAUCAUCAAGUCCGAUGACAUUACCGAUUUGAGCAUUGACGCCUUCACCAAGUUGGAGAAGGCCAAGGCCAUUUAUUCAGAGCAGUCCAUGAAAUACCAUGAGUUGGCUUAUCAACGUAUUAGUAAGAACAUUGAUGCCCUGGAAUCCGAUGAUCGAUGGCUGGUUUCCCUGAUGAAAGGCAAAUUGUGCGAAAAGGUCAAGGUUCCGUACAUCAAAGCCUUCAGUUGUUACUCAAGAGCCGUCAGGAAUCUUUUCGACCAAUGUGGAAGCAUUUCGAAGAAAAUUUCGUACAACAAUCCCACCCAGUUUAGUUUGGAGUUGUUGGAGGCGUUUUACAGGAUCCAUGCCAGCACCUUGAAGAACGCCCUCCGACCAAUUUUGGACCCGACCCUGACACGGAUCAACGAUGAGGAUCUUAUCAUGAUCCACGAGAAUCUCAAAGACAUUCACGACCUCGACUUCCUCGGAUUGAGUGAAGAACCGCGUGUUAUCCCACCAGAUAUCACCCGAGAGGAACGGAUCGAGCAAUUAUUCCAUUACUGUGUCAUAGCCCUCGAGAGCAUUCUCAUACGGUUUUCCCACCAUUUCAAAUCCCUCUACAUGCUGGCCUUUUAUCAUGCCAAGGCUCCGAAGGUCAGAGACCCCGAAAAGGCUCUGAGCUACCUGGUGGCCAAUCCAAGCGCUCCCAAACCCAGUAUCCAGCCCUUGUUCACAGAGAAGAAGACGCAUAACUUUUUCAACGGCAUCUGGAGAUUCCCAGUUCCGGACUUUGACCGCCCAGGAAACUUCUUCAAACACGUGGGAAAGUCUGUUUCCUUGUGUCUGGACUUGUGUGAAGAGGUUGGAGAUCAUGCCACUUUGGCUGAGAUCACCUGGCAUCUCAGAAAGCCAAUGGAUAAGGAUAAAGUGUAUCUGUUCGAAAAAGAUCGAAUGAACCUGGCCAUGGACUCGAGAACCAAAUUGGUGAAGGUCCUUCAGAAGAAGACCAAUCAAGUGAAGGCCAACACUGAUGACGGGAACACUCUACUCCUUGCCAUGUUUCACGUAUAUAACAAGCUGAAGAAACUGAUCCCUCAAACGAUGCAAAUCAAAAAGAUGAUCCACGACAUCUUCCUCCGAAGGUCCUUGAAUAGGGAGGGAUCUUGCGAGGAAGCCUUUGCUUAUUGCCAGCUCUUGCUACAAAAUGAGAAGCGUUUAGGCAAGAGAGAUGGAGAAUCCGAAGAGGUUUCAACUCACCCACCAAUGUCCAGGAGCAAUUCCAACACGACCUCAGACGCACCCAUGAAUCUGAGCAGGAAAGCCUUGGAUCCGCAAGACGAAAUUCCGGCUAAAGCCCCCAGAACACGUGAGAUUCCCGCCCAUCAACCAGACUCUGAUAGACCGCCACCUUACAAACUAUCAAAGAUAGACGAGCCUGUUGUCGAUGAGCGAGACUUUGAAAAGCCUCCUACCAAAAUCCCGAGGAUUGAAGAAGGACCUGCGAAGGUCCAGCAACCCCCAGAAAAAAGCCCUCUUAUCCAGAUUCCCAGGAUUGAAGAGCUUCCAGCCAAACUAGAAAAAGCUAUGGAAAAUCCCACCAAACGCGUUGAAGUGAAACAGAGCACGGGAUCAAGUGGAACUGACCCACAAGACAUGUUCCCGGCUAAGAUAUCCCAGCUCUUCAAAGAAACAGACCCCACGACUAGUUUGGACCUGAGUGUGAAUGGUCCAAAUCGGGAAAGUCUACCAAGUCAGCCAACAACCGUUAAAAUAUUGAAACGGCCGGAAGCUGGUCAUUCCAAUUCCAGUCAACAGAAACAAUCGUCAGAAUCUAAGGUCUCAGGUUUUGCCAAAACUCGUCCCAAAUCCAUUGAAAUCGACUUGACGGAGGAACUGGUGGUCAAGAAGGAGCCAAUGAAGGAAUCCAAAUCCAACGAUGAACAUGACGAUGACAUUGAAAUCAUUUGUCUGGAUUAAUUUUUACGCAACUUUACUUCAAUGAAUUAAAGCAACCUCUUGUGAAUCUA